AUGCCGCGCUUCAGACUGACGCCACCGGCCAUGGUGUUCCUGCUGCUUCUGCAGGGAGUGGCCGUGGUGCUGCUGUUUGGAUGGUACAUCCGGCUCCUCCCUUGUGGUAGCCCUCCCUCCCAGGGCAAGGUCCACGUGCUCCUGCUGUCCUCAUGGCGGUCUGGAUCCUCCUUCCUGGGCCAGGUGUUCAGCCAGCACCCGUCUGUCUUCUACCUGAUGGAGCCAUCGUGGCAUGUGUGGACCACUCUGCAGAUGCCUGGAGCCCGGGCGCUGCGCAUGGCGGUGAGGGACCUGAUGCGCAGCGUCUUCCAGUGUGACAUGUCUGUCAUGGAUGCCUACACUCCGGCCCAGCACAACAUGUCAGCCCUCUUUAUGUGGAGCCACAGCCGUGCCCUGUGCUCUCCACCUGCCUGCCAGCUCACACCUCGCCACCUCUUCAGCAACGAGACGGAGUGCAAGCGGAAGUGUGACAGGCCUGGCCUGCAGGGGGCAGAAGAGGCCUGUCAGACCUACAGCCAUGUGGUGCUCAAAGAGGUGCGCUUCUUUGAGCUGGACUCCCUGUACCCUCUCCUGCAGGACCCCACUCUGGACCUGCGCAUCAUCCACCUGGUGAGAGACCCGCGGGCCGUGGCACGCUCCAGGGAGCAGUCAGCCAAAGCCCUAGUGAAGGACAAUGCCCUGGUCCUGGAGGAAGGCAACACCAAGGUGGUUGACACACAGUACCGCGUCAUGCAGGAGAUAUGCCGAAGCCACGUCCGCAUCCACGAGAGGGCCAUGCUCAAACCCCCAGACUUUCUACGUGGACGUUACAAGAUGGUACGCUACGAGGACAUGGUGAGAGACCCCCUGACAGAGAUCGACUCUAUGUAUCAGUUUGUGGGGCUGGAGAUGACACAGUCGCUACAGGAGUGGAUCUAUAAGGUCACCCACGGUAAGGGCAAGGGCACCAAGAAGGAGGCCUUCCAAAUCACCUCCCGCAACGCAGCAGACGUCUCUCAGGCUUGGCGUACUACUUUGCCCCAUGGCAAGGUAAGGCACAUCCAGGAGGUGUGUAAGGGCGCCAUGUCUUUGCUGGGGUAUAGGACCGUUGCCAGUGAGAAAGAACAGAAGAAACUUGACGUGGACCUUCUGACUCCCCGUGAACGAUAUCACUUCAGCUGGCUCCCUUCCAAAACUGACAAUAUAAAAAACAAUGAGUAA